UUCUCGUUUCAGUCUUCAAUGCCUUAAAAUGAAGGGGGGGGGGGGGGGGGGGCGUUGUUGGAGCUGUACUGUCGGAAGCGGUGUUCACUUUCGCUCGGGCGAUUCGGGGUUUUGUCUGUCAUGGCCGGGAAGGAGGGAGAAGGCCUGUCUUGUGCCGAGCUGGAAAGGGAGGUGGUGCUAAAACAUCCUCCUCAGCCCGUGGGGGACGGGGAUUUGUCGGCGUCAGGGUUAGCGCCAUCAAGCGCGGUGGCAGCUGAGGGUGGCAGUUGUGACUUGUGAAGAGGGAGACGUAUAGAAAAUCACAAAUUGUCAGUAGCGGCAAGGUCUGUUUACUGGACUAAUUAAUGUAAUAAUAUUUUGUUCGUCGUUCUGCUUAGGAGUCUGCCUAACGAAGGAAUAAGGUACACCUUAUCAGUGACUAACAGGCUUGAGCCUGUCUGCUUACAUGAUUUAGGUACACUCCUAUCUAGGAAAAGCAAGAUAAUGGAAGAAGGACACUGAAGCUUGCAGAACUACCAGAUGCAACUGGUUUUGUGGUCUCAGCUGUAAGGGAAAGGGUGAAGAUAGAACCAAGUUCACAGAAAGGACACUGUGAAGACCAGCUAGAGACUGUAGUGCACAUGCGGAAGUUGUCUAAAUAAGGCAAAAUCUGUUACUUAAUAUGAAGAAAAGCAGAGGUCGGACAGGUCGAAAGAGAAGAACAAAACACUUGCAGGGUUUUAUGGAUGGAGUCAACUGCAGUCACAAGCCGGAAUACAUUAAACUUAAAAAGUGGCUGAAAGACAGAGGAUUUGAAGACACUAAUUUAAGGCCAGCAGAGUUCAGGGAUACAGGAAGAGGAAUCAUGACAAGAAAAGCUCUUCAGGCAGGGGAUCUGAUUAUUUCAUUGCCUGAGAAAUGCUUACUCACCACAGGCACUGUCCUUAGUAGCUGCUUGGGAGAAUACAUUGUGAAAUGGAAGCCUCCUGUAUCUCCUUUGAUAGCACUGUGCACAUUUUUAAUAGCAGAGAAGCAUGCUGGUGAGAAGUCCCUGUGGAAGCCGUAUCUUGAUGUUUUACCCAAGACAUACACUUGCCCUGUUUGUUUGGAGCAUGAUGUAGUAAGCCUUCUUCCCGAACCUCUAAGAAAGAAGGCUGAGGAGCAGAGAACAGCAGUCCAUGAGUUGUACAUAUCUUCCAGGGCUUUUUUCUCUUCCCUGCAGCCCAUGUUUGCUGAGAACACAGGAACUAUUUUUAACUACAGUGCUCUAGAGUGGGCUUGGUGCACUAUUAAUACCAGGACAAUAUACAUGAAACAUUCACAGAGGGAAUGUUUUUCUCUUGAGCCAGAUGUUUAUGCAUUGGCACCAUAUUUAGAUUUGCUAAACCACAGUCCAAAUGUUCAGGUAAAGGCUGCAUUUAAUGAGCAGACAAGAAGCUAUGAAAUUCAGACAAAUUCACAGUGCAAAAAAUAUGAAGAAGUAUUGAUCUGCUAUGGGCCUCAUGAUAAUCAGCGACUGCUUCUAGAAUAUGGAUUUGUUGCUAUGGAUAACCCUCACAGCAGUGUUUAUGUCUCCUCAGAUACUCUCCUCAGGUAUUUUUCACCACUGGACAAGCAGAGAAAUGCAAAACUUUCCAUUCUAAAGGAUCAUAAUUUCUUAGAAAACCUGACCUUUGGAUGGGAUGGGCCAUCUUGGAGACUCCUCACAGCCCUCAAAUUGUUAAGUCUUGGAGCAGAUGAAUUUAGUUGCUGGAGGAGAACGCUGCUUGGUGAUGUAAUUUCAGCCAGAAAUGAACAGCAGAGUUUGAAGAUAACAGCAAAAAUAUGCCAUUUUUUAAUAGAGGAGACACAACAUGUCCUUCUCCAGAUUUCCCAGUUGAAAAGGAACAAAGAGAACCUCAAAAAACACGUGACUUUGGUAGAAGCACUACGCUUGGAAGAGCUGAAGAUACUCCAAAAAUCAGCUGAGAUUCUUUGCCACUUGAAUAUGGCAACAACUUGACCAAUCUGGAGCUGUGAUAGUUGUGACUGAUGGAGCUCAUUUGCCAUGGAUGUGCCUUACUCAACUGUUUUAAUAGACCUGAGCAGCAAAGAAUAAUAUAAAAAGACAUCAGAAUAAUCCUUGUUUUUUUUACGGGGUCACACAGAACCCAGAGUCUUAUUUUGUUCUUUGACCUUCUUCAGUAAUUCAAAAGGUUAGCCCAAAUGGUGGGGGGAGGAGUAUAGGUGGCUUUCAUCAUAUCUCACUGAAACCAUGGCUGCUGUGAGCAAAACUGUAGCAGGACAGCUGGGAAGAAGAACUGGGAGUGCUGUACAGCUAGUGAAUGAUGAGGACAUCUUGACCCUGGUCGGCCAGAAGCCUUGGGAGCAGCAAACAGGAA